AUGAGUGCUGUGCGAUUCACGGCCAAACAGGUCCUAGAACAGAUAUUUUCCAAUGACUCUGACUGCGACGAGGAAGCGGACGAGGAAGCGUCCGAAGAAGAAGACGGGGAGGAAUACAACCCAGAGGACGAGGAGACCACAGAGGACGACGACGACGACUACGACGCCGCAGCCGCUGCCGCCGCCGCCGCCGCCGAUGAGGACGAUGUCCAAAUAGAAGACAUCAUCCUGGAGAUGACCAAUCUGGAGGGCGUUCGAAAAUACGGAGCCCGAGGCGACGGCGACGACGACCACCGCCACUACGCCGCCGACGACGGCCACGAAGACCACGAAGACCUCGACCGCGACCGCGGCGGCGGCCACUGGAAAGCGAUGGACUCCACAGACCUGCGAGCCUACGUAGGGCUGCUCAUCCUAGCCGGCGUGUACAGGUCCCGAGGCGACGCGGCCUCUAGUCUCUGGGACGCCGAGAGCGCAAGGACCAUUUUCCGCGCAACCAUGCCGCUCAAAGUCUUUCACGCUUACUCGAGACUCCUUCGCUUCGACGACCGCCAGACCAGAGCCGAGAGACGCGCAGCAGGCGGCGGUGACAAACUUGCGGCCGUGAGAGAGGUCUGGGACAAGUGGGUCGAGAGGCUGCCGCUCCUCUACAACCCCGGGCCCGACGUGACGGUGGACGAGCAACUGGUCCCUUUCAGAGGCCGAUGUCCUUUCCGCCAGUAUAUCCCAAGCAAGCCGGCCAAAUACGGCAUCAAGACAUGGGUGGCCUGCGACUCCAAAUCCAGCUACGCCUGGAAGAUGCAGGUCUACACCGGCAAGGCCACAUGCGGAGGCCCCGAGAAGAACCAGGGGAUGAGGGUCGUGCUCGAUUUGACGCAGGGACUCAGGGGUCACAACGUCACCUGCGACAAUUUCUUCACCUCAUACGAGCUCGCGCGCCAGCUCUUGACGAGGAACGUCACCGUGGUCGGCACAGUCAGAAAGAACAAGCCAGAGCUCCCGCAGGCGCUGCUCGCCUCAAAGGACAGGCUCCUCUUCUCCUCCAAGUUCGCCUUCACGCCCACCACCGCUCUAGUGUCCUACCUGGCAAAGAAAAACAAGAACGUCUUACUCCUGAGCACGCUGCACACCGAGGCUCACGUUAGCCGUCGCCAGGACAAGAAGCCGGCCAUCGUCCUAGACUACAACAGCAACAAGGGAGGUGUGGACAACCUAGACAAGGUGAUUGGAACCUACAGCUGCAGGAGGAUGACCGCGCGCUGGCCCCUGGUCAUCUUCCACAACAUCCUUGACGUGUCCUCUUACAACGCUUUUGUCAUAUGGCGAGAGCUCAACCCCACUUGGAUGCCUGGUAAGCGAAACAAGAGGAGGGUGUUCCUCGAGCAGCUGGGAAAGGCACUAGUGACUCCGUUCAUACAAAGAAGGGCCCGUCUCCCUCGCACCGAAGCCUCUGCGGCGCUCGUCAAAGCUGUUCAGAGGGCUACGUAUCGUGAUCAGCCCCGGCGGGAUCACGCCCCCGCAGCACCGGACCACGCACCGGCCCAAGCACCCAACCCCGCACAACCCAGUAAGAGGAAGAGGUGUCAGGUCUGCCCCACAAAGAAGGACUGUAAAACACACACGGUGUGCACCAAGUGUGAUCAACCGGAGGACACCAGGCUUCAGGAAACAGAACCCGGUGACCAGUACGAGUCAAACAACAGCCCUGUGGACGACCAGCACCUAUAUGACUCAGAUGCAUGCGGGAACAGUUUUAGACAACACACAUUCAGCCCUGCAGAUUCCAACCGGUCCGAUUCAGAGACCGAUUGCCAAGCAACAAUGGCAGGUGACUACAAUGAUUGGACGUAUGAGCACGAACACGACACUCUAAGUGAUACCGUGGAAGACACCAGGAGUCAGGAGGAGGACACCCCUCCCCAGUACGGGUCAAACACCAGACAUGUGGACAGGGACAAUGUUUACGAAGAAGCGGUUGACGACUACUUCGACGUUGACGAUGACGAUGUUGAAGAUAUGGUUCGAGCCGAGGAGGAUGCUAAAAAACAUCAGCAGAUACAUCUCAUGCUUAAGUGGUCGAUAUUGAACAGAACGUGGCACUCCUUUCUAGAAUGGCUAGGUGAGCGCUGGUGGGGCUCAGUCUCUGCAGAUCAGAUUAGCUCCUUCAUGGGCGGACGUAAGAUUCGCUUUGGAGAUAUUGUUAUUGCGGCACACUUUGGUGACAUGCCCGGAGGAGUAUGUUCGGUUACGGCGAAGACUCACAACGCAGUACUGACAUUUCAUGUGGCCAUCUGUGGAGGCAGUUACAUAUGUGCUGAAAGACUCAUGGUGGGGAGCGUCAUACGGCAACGCAGUAUGGUCACCCCAUUACCGUGA